CGCGGCCAACAUGUCGAACACCAUCGCCCUAUACCCGCUCUCCAACUUCACAUUCAGCACAAAAGAGGCCCAGCCCGAAGAGGACCCCUCGGUGUCCGCCCGCCUCCAGCGCCUCCAGAACAACUACGAGGACUUUGGCAUGCGCCGCACCGUCGAGGGCAUCCUCGUCGUCCACGACCACGGGCACCCCCACAUUCUCAUGCUCCAGAUCGCCAACGCCUUUUUCAAGCUCCCAGGCGACUACCUCAAGCCAGGCGAGGACGAGAUCGACGGCCUCAAGCGCCGCCUAGACGACCGCCUCGCGCCCCCGCCCGAGUCCCGCCAGUUCAACGCGAGCCACGGCGUCGACAACGAGUGGGAGAUCGGCGACUGUCUCGCCCAGUGGUGGCGCCCCAACUUUGAGACUUUCAUGUACCCCUUCGUGCCAGCACACAUCACGAAGCCCAAAGAGUGCAAGAAGCUGUUCCUCGUCCAGAUGCCCGAGCGCAAGGUCCUCGCCGUCCCAAAAAACAUGAAGCUCCUCGCGAUCCCGCUCUUUGAGCUGUACGACAACGCCGCGCGCUACGGCCCCCAGCUGUCCGCGAUCCCGCAUCUCCUCUCUCGGUACAACUUCAUCUACCAGUGAAAAAACGCAUGCGAGACGCGAGCCUUGGUGUCGCUCUCGCACUGGCACUACCAAAUUCAUGAAGAUACGAACGCGACUGUGAAGCAAACUGUUUUCUUGCACUGCACCCAGCACCUCUUACGUACACGAAGCUCCCCUCGGGAUCGAAGAGAGAGAGAGAGAGAGCCCACGACUCAAUCCAACGCAUGUACUGUAUAAUACCGUCGAGAUACGAUGCAUAACGAUAGCACAAAUCGCGCUCUGAGAAAUAAUAUCACAACGGUUGCGCGCCUGGUUGCGUUCACCAAAAACAAUCAACUCGUGAGGUUAUCAGAGCGUCUACAUGAAAUAACAAGCGAGUCCUCGCCCAUGACAAAAUCAAACAGCAACCAGCAGCAAAACAUCACCUCCGCCUUCUCCCGCCCGCACCACCAGCACCGACCACGACGCCAGCACCAGGCGGCACAACGAGCGCCUCGCUCGCGCGCUUCACGUCGUACUCCCACGUCGCAUACAGCGUCGCGUCCGGCAACGACACCGCCGGCCCCGCUCCUCCCGCUCCCGCUCCUCCCGGGGCGCCAUGCUUCUUGUCGCCGUCCUCCAUCCGCUCUUUUUUGACGAUAUCGCCAUUAGGCGCGGAGGGAUGCGGUGUGGAGGCAUUGGGGCCAGAGGAGGGAGGAAGAGAGGACGAGGACGAGGACGAGCCGUUCCACGGCGCGGGCACGCCUGGGCCGUAGUACAGUUUCUGCGUGCCGCGCGCGAGCGGGGGCGGGGGUGCGAGGCGCGUUGUGCGUGUGUAUACGUUUGUCUGUGUGCGGGUGGGGUGUUAGUCAUCACGAUGGGAUUGAGAUUGGGGGGUGGUGGAGGAGUGAUAUGGGUGGUGAGGGAAUAUAAAAGAGAAAGAGAAAGAGAAAGAGAGGGAAAUAUGGAGGAGAAAGAGGAAACGCACAGGCAACACCGCCCGCGCCAGCUCAGGCACCCUGCUCC